CUCUUCAGACCAGCAUGGGCGCCAUCAAAUUCAAGAUUCCUGAAUCCAUAUAUAGUAUGUUUCAUCACGGUGGCAGUGGUGCUGAUCCUGGCAGUGAUCGUAGGUCUACUUAUUCACUUUUUAGCUUUUAAUCAAAAAGCUUGCUUUUACCAUAGCAGUUUUCAAAUACUAAACGUUGAAUAUAAUGAUCAGUUAAGUUCACCAGCUACACAGGAAUGUAGGAGUUUGAGUGAAAAGAUUGAAUCUAUGAUUGCUAAAACAUUGCGAGAGUCAAAUUUAAGAAAUCAGUUCAUGAGAGCUCAUGUUGUCAAACUGAGGCCAAAUGGUAGUGGUGGUGUGAUAGCAGAUGUUGUCAUGAAAUUUCGAUGCACUAGAGGUAACAAUGGAGGAUCAAUGAAAGGCAGAGUUCAGGCUAUUUUACAACAAAUGCAGAAUAACUCUGGAAACUUGGAAAUAAAUCCUUCAACUGGGAUAACAUCAAUUACUGACCAUGAUACAGAAAAUUUUUUCACUCAAGAAUGUGGGGCCCGGCCAGACCUAAUAACACUGUCUGAAGAAAGAAUCAUUGGAGGUACACUAGCUGAGGAAGGUGACUGGCCAUGGCAAGUCAGUCUUCAACUCAAUAAUGUCCACCACUGUGGAGGCACCCUGAUCAGUAACACAUGGAUCCUGUCAGCAGCUCACUGCUUCAGAAGCUACUCUAAUCCUCAACAAUGGACUGCUACCUUUGGUAUUUCUACAACAUCUCCUAUACUGAAAGUAAGAGUAAGAACUAUUUUACUUCAUAAUAACUAUAAAACCGCAACUCAUGAAAAUGAUAUUGCAGCAGUGCAACUUGAAAGAGCUAUCACCUUUACCAGAAAUAUACAUAGUGUUUGUCUCCCAGAGGCUACCCAUAACAUUAUACCUGGUUCUACUGCCUAUGUAACAGGAUGGGGAUCGAUAACUUAUGGCGGUAACACAGUCACAGAUCUACGACAAGGACAAGUCACAAUAAUAAGUAGCAAUGUAUGUAAUGCAUCAACUAAUUACAAUGGCGCUGUCUUAUCUGGAAUGCUGUGUGCUGGAAUACCUGCAGGUGGAGUGGAUGCAUGCCAGGGGGAUUCUGGUGGCCCACUGGUACAAGAAGACUCACGGCGGCUUUGGUUCCUUGUGGGGAUAGUGAGCUGGGGAUAUCAAUGUGGUCUGCCAGACAAACCAGGAGUUUACACUCAAGUGACAGCCUACCGUGACUGGAUUAAAGAACAAACUGGAGUCUAG